CACGCACACACACACACACACACACACACACACACACACACCCCUACUGUUACUUACACACUCACACCUGUGUGGAUUUACAGAAGGUAUUGUAACCCAGAGGAGAGCAGAUUCACACACACAGAGGGCAAUAAUUAAAACAGUGUGUGUGAUGGCUGAACAAGGACCUGAGUUGUUCUCUGAGCAGGAGCUGACGUGCUCCAUCUGUUUGGACCUGUUCAGUGAGCCCGUGUCCACACCGUGUGGUCACAACUUCUGCCAGAGCUGCAUCGGUGGUUACUGGGCCUCAAGCUCCGAGUCCACAUGUCCUCUGUGUAAGCGACAAUUUGAUGGACGGCCGGAGCUCAGCAUCAACCGAGUGUUUGCUCACAUCGCACAGAAGUAUAAGGAGACGCACUAUGGAGGGCCUCCGCCUGUCAAACCACGCCAGAAGAUACCAGCUGCCACUGCAGCAGCAGAAGGACUCGCGCUGCAGAACGGCACCAACACCCCAGAAGUCUUGUGUGACAUGUGCACCGGCAGGAAGGAGCAAGCUGUGAGCUCAUGUCUCACAUGCAUCGCCUCAUACUGUGAGAAGCACGUGCAGCCGCACCACCAGACGCCGUUCUAUGCGUCGCACCGACUCCUAGACCCGCAGGAAGCCCUGCGAGGACGCACGUGUCGCACACAUGGCCGGCUGCUGGAGGUGUUCUGCCGCACGGACCAGCGCUGCAUCUGCGCCAUCUGCGUGCUGGAGGAACACCGAACCCACGCCACCGUGUCUGUGCAGACUGAGCGCUCCGUCAAACAGCGGAUGCUUGGGAAAACCGAACUGGACAUCCAGACGUCCAUCGAGAAGCGAGAGCUGCGUCUCAGAGAACUCAAACGAAGACUGCAGUUCCUCAGGAACUAUGCCCAGGCUGAGCUCUCCGAGGUGGAGCAGAUCCUCUGUGAUGUCACUCAGUCGGUGGAGCGAAUCCACAGCGAGCUGGUGGGCGGGAUUGAAGACAAGCGAGACUCAGUGAUUGGCCAAGGGGAGACAGUUGUGUCACAGUUGGAGGCGGAGCUAAGCAAGCUGCAGGAGCGCAGGACUCAACUGGAGGUUCAGGCCACAACAGAAGACCACAUCAGCUUUUUGCAGAACUUUGAGGAGGUGAACACACCGCAUCAGGACACCGAGACACUCGACAACGAUCCUGAUCUGGAGUUACGCUUUACUCUCGGGGACGUGAAGAAUGCACUGGGAGAGAUACGAGAGAGACUCGAUGACAUCCACAUGGGCGAGGUUCACUACAGACGCUCAGGUAUUACAUUAUUAUUAACAUCUGACAGCAUGAUGAGCAUCAGGUCCAGCAAGAAGAGGGACUUUUCCUUAAAAGAUCUGCGGAAAUUCAAAUCAGGAUCAAGCAUCAAAAAGGUCAGACGUUAUCUAGAGGACGUGACGUUAAACCCCGUGGCAGCGUAUCCGUUCCUCAUCCUCUCAGAAGACAGGAAGCAGCUGAAGCGCGGAGAGAAGCUGCAGUUUUUCAGGAACAGCCCUCAGAGAUUUGACGUAUGGAGCUGCGUUACGGCUAAAGAGGGAUAUGAUUCAGGACGCCAUUACUGGGAGGUGUGUGUUGGUGAGAAUAAAGACUGGAAAGUGGGCGUGGUCAGAGAUUCUGCCCAGAGGAAGGGGUUAUUUGAUAUGAGCCCCAGCACUGGUUACUAUGUGCUGUGGUGGAGCACCAAUCACCUGCGUGUGCUCACGACCCCACCCCUGACCAAGGUGAAGAUGAACGGCCGACUGCGUUACCUGGGUGUGUACCUGGACUGUGAGGAGGGUCACGUGAUCUUUUACAACGCCAAGACAGGCUCUGAGGUUUACUCGAUCACUAUGGAAGGAGGCUUCGGUGAAAGGAUGUUCCCUCUGUUCGGCACGUCAGAUAAAGAAGUACCACUAAUGCUCCCGAUAGUACCAACACACAUGCCUGAGUGAGGACAUGAGGGGGAAGGGAGCGAGGGAACAGGGGGAAAGGGAGCGAGAGAAUGAGGGGAAAGGGAGCGAGGGAA